AUGAAAGCUCUCUCGGCUAUCAAAAAACGACAAGAAAAAGAUUCUCAAAAGAAAUCCAGAAAAAAUGGUUGGAUUGAAUAUGUAACCGAACGUUGCUCUACCAUGGAAAAAGCCACGGGUUUCAAAGCAAAUAGAAAGGAAGUCGCUAAAUUAGUCGCACAGGAUUGGAAGGAACUGGCCGAAAAGGAAAAGAAUAGAUAUAGAAUUCGUGCGUAUGAUGCCUCAAGACGCGACUUAUCGAAUAACGUUUUUGACACUUAUCUUGAUGACUCGUUGGACCAUUUGGACGCCACUGGCACUGUACCUACGCCCAAGGAAUCUACAACAGCUUCCGAAUCUGAACCCAGCAAACUUGAACACUCGCCUUUUGAUUUCAUGCACCUUUCACUGCUGAAGAAGUCUUUAUGCUUUGCAAGUUCGGAUAUCAAUACGACAAAUAUAAUAAUUUCUAUUUCCAUUAAAUUUCCACCAAUAGUAUUUUAG